AUCACCUGACGUGUCGCGCCAGCAAUGAAAUCCAAAGUUGAAAGCACAAAUGGCAUUUUACAUGAUGAAGCCUCACUUGUCGAGCUCGCGCGAUCCUCGGCGCUGUGCGAUGCUUGCAGAGCCAUCUUCAGCGCCCAUCCCGAUCCCGAGCCUCAACCGUGCUACUUCUCAAAGGAUUCCUUUGUUCAUCACCACGCUGGCGGCCUAGAAGCCGCGGCUGAUAACGGCUGCGCUCUCUGCUAUUAUCUCGCACCAGCUGCAGGUGCCCGCGACGGGGGUCCCCGCAGCACACAAUGGUGGAUGGGCCGCGCUGUUUGGGAUAAUGAUAGAUGGGACGAGAGCAACAAAGGCAUUAACGAGGAUUUGUUUACGCUCAUGAUAUGCUCAUCCGAUGGGGUAGGAAUGAAAGAGCGUUCCUUAACUAGCCACUUGGGAUUUGUAGCCGCUCCGUAUGAUAAACCCAUCGGCGCGUCGUUUUACCCGAAACCUGAGUCAUCAAAACUAGCAGACCUCGUCCGUUGCUGGGUAGGAAACUGCCAAAGUCAAGCCCAUUGGCAAUGCGCAAAAUACCGGAGUGCCCACCGCCUCAAGCCGCGGCGAGUACUCGAGAUUUCCAACACGUCACUGCUGCUCCGUGACUUGUCGGAAAUAGGGUUGCAAGGUACAUACAUCACUUUGAGCCACCGCUGGACUACAUCGGAGCCACCCAAACUCCGGCGAGAAAACGCAGACGAACUUUUCACCGUCGGCGUUCCCCUGGCAUGUCUGCCCCGAGCAUUCCAGGACGCCGCGGAGAUUUGCACCUGGCUGGGGGUGAAAUAUCUAUGGAUUGACUCGCUUUGUAUUUAUCAGGAUUCGGCAGCCGACUGGGAGCGAGAGGCCGGUAUGAUGGGCGAUAUAUAUGGCGGAGCUCUGAUCAAUAUCGCUGCGACAGACGCCAGCACGGCUUGCGAGGGGAUAAUCACACGAGAUCGCCCGCGACCCCUGCUGCCGGUCGUUUCGUCCCUCGGCAAUCCCCUACUUCCAGAGCGUGGAACGUUUGUCCUGCAUCCGACCCAAGCUUAUGGGUCCCAGGUGACGGAUACAAUUCUGCUGGGGAGAGGCUGGGUACAUCAGGAGUUAUGCGUCGCCCCGGCUACGCUUUACAUGACUGCGACGCAGGCGUGGUGGCACUGCACCACUACCAUGUGCAAUGAGACGUACCCGGAGGGGAUGCCUUCAUUUAUAGAUAAGCCAAACAUUUCGAAUCGCCUUACCCUUCUUCCCGGGGCAACUGGUGAAGCGACGACCAGUGACGGCGCAGACACAAUGGUCUCUGAAGAGCGUGCCCUAUCCCUCGUUAAAUGGUUCACAUUCGUCCGUCCAUACUCUGAUUCCGACUUCACCAUCGAGUCGGACCGCAUGGUCGCACUGGCAGGGGUGGUCAACAUGGUGGCCAGCGUCCUUGGCAGCUAUUACUGUGGGACUUGGUACCAGCCAUCGCUGACAACAGAACAGAACCAAUUCUUGUGCCAGAUAUUAUGGCAGCCAUCGACCCAGAUCGGAUCUCGAAAGGCAAACACCUUGGGAGGGCACCCUCUUGUAGAAGGAGACCGUUUCAUCCCGACAUGGUCUUGGGCCAGCAGCUACGGCGUAAGUUAUGUGCCUGGCGCAGGCCCGCAGCGCGACCGCCUCACGCGUCUGGCGAGCCCGCCGCCGAUCGGGAAGAUGGACAGGUUUGGCUGGCCUCUAGCGGUCGAGGAUGCCACCUUGCACCUCGUGGGAGUCCUCGUUCCCAUUUUCGUGCUGCCCCAUACCUUCUAUAGGUGGGGCUUCCAGGCUUGGGCCCGCCCUCUGCAGGAUCCCUUGCCGAGCAAUGGCCAGCUGCAUGGCGUCAUGAUCAUGUUUGACGACGCCCAGGAGUUCGCCGAAGUCAAGGAGGAUGCGGAACGCAGCGGGGGUCGACGGCCCCUGGACGGGUUGUUCUUUCUAGUAACCCACUAUAGCGAGCAAAUCGUUGCAAAUGUGUGCGGCUUGGUUGUAAGAGUGCGGGACGGGAAGCGGCACGGCGACGGGAAAGACCGCAAAGAAGGCAUAUUUUCGCGGGCAGGGGUCUUCUUCCCCCAGCAAUGUUGUGGAUAUUCGGAGGAGGCACGAUUUGCCGCCGCCAAUCAUUCCACAUUGUUUCACGAUUUCCAACUCGCAAGGUACGGCAAAAGAGCGCUGGACGCGCUGGAGCUGUCUCCAGAACGCCGCAACCUGGCCGACGCCGAACCGACGCUGGAUGAAGUCUACCUACGAUGA